AUGCGCUUAUUCCUCCUUCCCAUCUCAACGCGGCGUACGCUUCUCUAUUGCGAUCGCGUCGCAACUCAAGUCAACGCUAGCGGAAAGCUAUCCUACCACGAUCGCAUCGUCAACAAAGCGAACGAGACGUGGGCAUCCUGGGAGAACUCGCCCAACAAGUACAAGAAGAAGCUCACCGACUACGGCAACAUUGUCUUCAACCGCAUCUCCUACGAGGAAUGGGGACUCAAGACGUUGCCUUCGUCUACUGCAGACCUUACGCCCACCGAAAUCGUCUUCCCUGGCCGCUUCCUGGAUCAGAAAAAGGUUCCGGACAUCUUGAGAAAACUUGCUACCGAGAGACAAGGUCUGCACAAACAAAGGUUCUGGGGUAGUUUGAUCGGCUUGCCUUUCACCAUCCCCGUUGGAUUACUCCCCGUCAUCCCAAACAUUCCUGGAUUCUAUCUUGCUUUCCGCGCGUGGUCGCACUUCAAAGCUCUGAUCAACAGCAAAGAGCCCUUGAUCAAGAUGUCCCCAUCAAAGGCUUUGGACGAUCUCUACGCCGCAGGCUUGAUACAUCCUUCUCGAGAACACUCGAGGCAGGCCACUUUACCCUCAGAAACCGAAUCCCAACAAGUUGCCCAACUCGUCACCCAACAGACAAAUAACGAUGCUUCGGAUGUCAUGCUUCUCAAGCGAUGGAAUGGCAAACUACUUGCCGAACAGUUCAACCUGCCCGGCAUGGAGCUCGAGAUCGAAAGAGCUGUUGAGCAGGUCCAAAAGAACAUCGAAGCCGAGUCCGCGGCAGUGGACGAGAAGGGAGAUACCAACACAACCACUGUGGACGAAACGCUUUCAAACGGGAAAAAGUAA